AUGCGCCUCAUGCGACGGAAUUGCAGCAGCAGGGAUGCGAGCACGUCAUCGCCACCAUCCGAGCGCUGUGUGGGGGACAUAAGGCCAAAUUGUUUACUGAAGUUCACAACUAAGCACAUGAUUUACAUUCCGCGUUUUAUGGGAUCGCGGUCAACGUGCGGAUCCAGCAAAGCUGGUUCGCGAACGGUGUCAUUACCGUGGAGCGUCAGUGUUUCGCGCGACAGCAGUUGCGACGCCAAGACCGAGGCCGAGGACGAAAGUGAGAGCGUGGACGAGGACGAGGUUGAUGAUGAGAAAGACAUGCUGAUCGCGCAGGAAUACGGUGUGCUGCCGUAA